AUGAACCUUGAUGUUGAAAGAAACGGGUCUUCAACUUCGUUGGUAAACCGAACCAGGUCUCGAUCCAACUCAAUGAUGAAAUACGAUGAGUCCGGGAGACCUACCGGUCAUUCCGAUACUAGCAAUGGAAGCGUUGGAGAUCAUGGUAAAAGCCUUGAUAAAGGCUUGAAGUCCGUGAAACAUACUUUUGAUAUAGUUAAGGACAAAAUCACUGAUAAGCAUCACCUCCACCCAAACAAUAUCGUUGAUAAGCAAAAUCUUAACACAUCACAGGAGAAACUUGACGUUGAGAUCAAAUCCAUCAAGUCCAAAGAAGAACCAGGUAUUUUAUCAUCAUUAUUGAAUAUAGCCCAUAGUUCCAUCAUAAAGACCGAUAAACCAGAGAAAUCAGACGUUUCAACGUCUGCUAGAUCGGAAACUGACAAUUCCACCUUCAGCAAGAAUUUGGACGAAUUGAUCAAAAGUGACGGAGUGUCACCUAAUCAAGAAUUAUCUCCUAAAAAGUCCACUUCGUCUAAUAAUGAUUUGAAUUCCCUAACCAAAUCAAUUCAUUUUGCGAGUGUAAGAGAGAGUCCUGUGAAUGAUAUGGGAGAUGGUGACUUAAGACUUGACGACUUCUCCAAUUAUCAUGAACGUCAUGAAGAUUUGUAUCCUAAAAAGAGUGCUAUUACCAGUGAUCAAGAAAGCACAACCUCAAGUACAUCUAUCAAAUUUGCAUCCAAGAAACGUAAUAAGGAAUUCCAUCAAAUAUUUAAGAAGAUUCCUAAGGAUGAAUUUUUAAUCGAUGACUUUUCAUGUGCAUUAUCAAAGGAUAUUUUAGUUCAAGGGAGAAUGUACCUUUCUCAGAACUUCAUCUGCUUCAAAUCUAAUAUUUUAGGUUGGGUUACCAAUCUAUUGAUACCCUUACAAGAGGUUGUUCAAAUAGAAAAACGGUCAACAGCGGUCUUAUUCCCAAAUGGGAUGAUUAUUAGAACCUUAUACCAGAAAUACACCUUCGCCACAUUUAUUUCCCGUGAUACCACUUUCAAAUUAUUAACAAAGGUUUGGCAUAAGGUUUUGAUGGAUAAUGAUCAAAGUAUAGCAUUUGAAGAAGAUGAUGAUGAAGAAGAAGAGGAAGAGGAAGAGGAAGAAGAAGACGAUGAAAAAGAAUACUCUGAUAUUGAUUCAGAAACUGGAGCGGAUUUAAAUGAUGAAGUAAAUGCAUUUGAUGAUGACCAAGUUGGGGAGGUCGAACUGAUUGAAUCUGAAGAUGCUGGUCCAUCUAAAGUUGAAUCUAAUACCGGGAAACGGUCUAGAUCAGCUACAGAAAGUAAAUCAUUCAACGGAUUACCGAUAAUUGGACCAUCAACUCAUGAAGCCACAAGUUUGGAUUAUGAGAAAUCUAGUAAUGAGGUUCUCAUCAUUGAGGAUGAAUUCAAGGCUCCUGUUGGAGUGGUGUUCAAUCUUUUGUUUGGUAAAGAUAGCUCAUAUUAUAUCAAGAUUUUGAAAAACCAAAAGAAUAUCCAAAUUGAAGAAAAUAAUAUCACAGGCAUUUCCAAUAAUGCUAAAGAGAGAAAUUAUAAGUAUGUGAAACCUUUGACAGGAUCUAUCGGUCCUAAACAAACUUCUUGUGUGAUAAAUGAUAAAGUAAUAGAAUUUGAUCUUAAUAAGAAGGUUCUCGUGGAACAAACAACAGGUACUCCUGAUGUACCUAGUGGGAAUGCAUUUAAAAUCCGAACUAAAAUGUUUUUAUAUUGGGGAGCGAAUAAUUCCACCAAAUUCUAUGUUUUGACCCAAAUUGAAUGGUCAGGGAAAUCUUGGAUCAAGGGACCAAUUGAGAAAGGAAGUAUCGAAGGACAAAAAGAAUCCAUGAAGAUUUUGGUUGAUUCCAUAAACGAAUUUCUCAAGUCUGACAAUAAGAAAAAGAAGAAAAGAAGUCCAACCAUCAAAAAAUCAGACGAUGAAUCCAAACCAGAACCUGAAGUUGAAGCUCCAAAACCUUUGAGUUUCAUGGAUAGAUUGAACGAAUUGAUGAGCUCCAUUGGUUCUUUUGUUCCUUUACCUAUUGGUGAUGCAAUCAUGGGAUAUAUAGUGAGUUUCAUUGGCUUGAUAAUACUUUUUAAUGUCUAUAAUAUGAUUUUCCACCAUGGGAAACAACCUAAUAUCAAGAUGUCCAGUAAUUCCAUCAGUAUCGAUGACAAUAAGUUCUUAUUGAUUCCAAGCAUUGAAAACAACUUCAAUAAAAAUAAUCUCAUGAACAGUGAAAUCAAUUUAUGGGAUUGGAUCGAAGAUAAGUCUAAUCAUAAACUAUCUAUCAAUAAUGAGGAUAUUCUCAAAACCUAUAACCAUCAAGAAUUAAAAGAAGUAAUAAAAUUAGCAAAAUUGAAAAUCGAUAAAUUAUCCGAUAAGCUUGAGUAG